AUGGAGGAGAGGAAGAUCAAACGGAGGGGGGGAGAUCCUAAUAGGGUCAUUCUUCUGGAAGACUCGAAUAAGCAGAUCGCCGACACGGUUUACCUCCUAUUCUUAGAUCGUUGCUGCAAAUACGUCGAAGCAGGCCGAAGGUGCCACUGCCCAAGAAAGGGGCAAAAUCCAAGUUUCCCUUUUUGCGCAGAGAAACACGGCUGUGCCCUCACCGAAUGUAAGGAACCACGCUGUCCAAGGAAGAGCUCGCCAUAUUGUAAUAAACAUGCCUGCAGCAUCAAGGAUUGCGACCAGCCGCGGCAGAGUCCGGGUCUCUGCUGCCGCCAACACACAUGCCACGGCCGGGGAUGUAUAAACUGUAUUAACAACGACUCUUCAUCCUCUCCGCCUCCGGGCCAGGGUCUCCCAUACUACUGCCACGGCCACCAAGUAUGCCAAGCAGACGGGUGCGAGUCCCUCGUAUUCCACGACAUCUCGCACCGGCCAGUCAAAUACUGCUUUCGGCACUUCUGCGCAGCAUCGGCGACAUGCGAAGGGCAGCGUGUAGAAGGCGACGGGGCGCAGGCCUGCCGCGACCACUCCUGCGCUCUCCAUCCAACUUGUCCCAAGCCCCGCGUGGAUGUAACCCGGGGUCUCUUCUGCGAAGACCACGAGUGCGCGGACCCCGCGUGCCGGAAGCAGACGUACGACGGCGGCGGCGGCGUCGUGGGGAGCAAGUGGUGCGCGGACCACAUGUGCAUGGCGGCGUUACUGCGACAGGCGGACUGCGUGAAUCGGCGCGAGGGCACGGCGGUGAAUCCGCUGUACUGUUCUGACCACGGACCUUACGCGCAUCAUCUGCACCCCGGCUUACACCAUCAACAUAACCGUUGCCGCUGUCGGGGAAGUAACUGUCGAGGUGGGCUAUGUUUCCGGGCCACGGCGGCAGUGAUAGCGGGGGGUAGUAACGGAGGAGGAGGAGGGAUUUGCGAGUGUCAUUGUGGUGGGGAUGAUGAUGAAGAUGGCGGCGAUGACGAUGAUGAUAGUAUUACGGAUCAUGGAGACGGGUGUGGAGGAGGAGGGGGAGGUGGUGGUGGGAGCGGCGUAGGGGUGGGAAUAGAAGGUUGUGACUGCGGUGGUGCUCUUAUUCCUAUUGCACAUGUAGUUGACCUUGUCUGGCUUGGAUUACUUCUAGAAUGGUUAAUCGGUGAUGACUUGCAAGCAUUACCCUCAACCCUCCAUAUUCAAAUAGAGCACUCACUGUAG